AUGCGAAGCCUUCCAGUUGGUUUGUUUCUUGUCGCCUUUUUGACCAUCUGUUCCGGUGCCCCUUCUUUUAACCGUGUUGGACGUCCGCGCUUUUUCCUGAGAGACGAAAAAAGAAGUGAGUGUUCAAUCAUAGUUAAUUAAAGCGAAAUGGUUGGGAAACCCUUUGUUAUAGGUUUUUGUUAACCUGACCGUGCACAACGUUCAAUCGCAUUCCUAACAUUUUGAAGUUAUUGACCAAUAGAAACCUUGCAUUAAUUUAUUCAGUCAUAAUUUGUGAACAAAAAACAAAUUAAAGGAUUGUGCACGAUCAGGUAGCUUCCAACAUAAUGUACAAAACCAUUGUUUUCAACUUUGAUGUUUGCCGGUUUUCCUAACCAGUCUCCUCUAUUGACUAACUAUGGUUCAAUCUAUUCGUUAGUUCUUUCUUACUCGUUUGGUUGGUUCCACUGACUAACCUGAUUUACGGUGAUCGUAAAAUAUCUCAGCAUAUCUAACAAAGGUAUGCAGCUCAAAGUUCGUACCACAGUUAUCUAACAAAAGGUAACCCUCGGCCGUUUUCCCUAUAAUAAAAGGACUGUAAUGAACACAUACUACAUCAACUACACCAACUACAGCAAACAUCAACUUUAUCAUAGUACACUAAGUCAUCACUAAACACGUCUCUAUAUUCAUGACGGUUAUCAUGAAUUCAUUACCUGUAAUGACACUUUGCUCAUUUUCUGUGCAUUUUGUCUACCCAACCUCGCCCCUAGGGCCCAGGGCUUUUCCCUCCCAUUUUUUAACCAACAUCAAUUUUCUCCCAGCAAUAUCCACAUGUUGCCAAGAAAAAUGGUUAUGAGAGUUAAUAAAAUGAUCACUGAAGAGAAAAUGCUUUGAUCUAUUAUAAAAUUCUCUCAACUAAUUCUUUAAGGAAAUGUCUGGAGAUCGAUUUGGAGAAUUUGUAAGUGGAUCUCGGGGGGUUACAGGGAAAAACCAUAGGGCUGAGGCAGUUGUCUACCUUAUUUAUCACAAAGAUAGAAAUAACAGGAAUGUGACAGUAGAAAGCCAGGUUCUUCCAAAAGGCUAAUGUAUUUUAAAAUUUUCUGAACGUUUGAUAAUUUGACAAUCUGUUUGAAUCUUUACUUUAAGCCGCCGGCAACGUGGACAUGGAAGCUUGUUUAAAAGCGCAUAAUCAGCUGCGAGCCAAACACAAUGCCCUACCCUUAUCUUGGGACACGAAACUCGCUAAUGAUGCGCAGAAAUGGGCCAAUGAUCUCGUCAAACUAGGAAAAAUGAUGCACGCGACAGGUACUGGUGAAGGCGAAAAUCUCUACUGGUCUGCGAGUACUUCGAAAGUCGCCACUUGCGUAGAUGCAGUAGAAGCAUGGUAAAUGAUAACUUAUGCUUAAAUCCAGAUGUUUGAACAAACCUAGCUUGUCCGUGGAUCACUGCUUACCGUUUCUCUUCUUAAUUAUAGGGCUUCAGAAGAGAAAGACUACCCAGUUGACCAUCCACCGCAAACAUUUGAAGAAUUCGCAAAUAAUGGUAAAGCCAUUGGUCACUAUACACAGGUUAGACAUGUCUUCCAUAUAUUCCCUUGAUAGCCUGCAGUGCAUGCGUUUUCUUCGGGCGCUCAUGUUUUUUCUCGCGAAAGCGCCAUGUUGAAACUCCAAAAGAGCCGUGAGGAGAACUAAGGGUUACUAUUUUUAGUCUCUCUAAUCUUCCUCCGUCAUAACAUCCAAGAUGGCGGUUACAAUAGUACGAACAUAAACAGCAGAUUGCUCAAAAUAAUUCGUUUUAGUUUAGGGGGAGUUAGCUACAUAAUGCCGGAAUUUGGGGGGAAUUUUAGACAUCAAAAAGAAUUUUAGAAAGUCUCGGGAAUUUUAGAAAAAAAAUUGACAAAUUUUAGAGCAAAUUGAACAUUCAACCGACAUUUUGGCAACAUUUCACAGGCAAAAACGUUGACAAAAGGUGUUUUUUUUGGUAUUCCUACCAACCAAGAGAGGGCUCAGUACGCUCACAUGCUUCAGCGGUGUCUAGAGCAUUAUCUACUGAGCACAACAAAUCAGCGGUUUUGCGUCAUAGUCAACUACACUAUACAACUUAUCAGCGGUUAUUCACCAAAAAGGGCCCUCGCUAUUAAAAAAAAAAUUUUUUUUAGAAUUUUUGGGAAUUUUUAGGGGAGUUUUUGGAGAAUUUUAGAUCUUUUUUAGGGGAAAUUCCGAAAGAAUUUUAGGCCACAUUUCGGGAUCGGAAUUAUGUAGCCAAGCCUAUUUUGGUUUCUUUUUUCUCUUUCCUUUGCCUGUCCACUGACUUACGCUCCGGGUUUACGCUCUCCCCCGAAAAGAAAAAGAACACCUUGCAGCUUAAAUCAUAUCAAGCUUUGAGUAAAACGAUUGCAUUGAAGUUUCCCAAAGUGUUCACUGUCAGUGAUGAUAGGUUGAGCAGCGAUAAACAGAAGAAAUCAGAAGUAUUAUAUCACGCCUAGCUUUUUCUCUUAUUUUUCCUCCAUCCGCAGGAAGUUUGGAAGGCAACUAAAAAAGUGGGUGUAGCCAUUGCGACAAAGAAAGAUGGCGUGUUCUUCAACACAUACAUCGUGGCACGAUAUUAUCCGCCUGGAAACAUGCUGGGGGAUUUUGGAAGCAACGUUGAGUAGCCUGAAACUGAUAAUGUUUUCCUAGUGAGUAUUAAUAGUGCCAUAGUCUAAACUACAUAAAUUGUGGGAGUGUUACUCGGUCUUGGAGAACAAGGGUAUUGCAGUCGUGAGAGCGCUUGCCUCCCACCAAUGUGGCCCGAGUUCAAAUCCCAGCGUCGAAGGCAUACGUGGGUCGAGUUUGUUAUUGGUUCUCUCCUUUGCUCCGAGAGGUGUUUUCUCCGGGUACUCCGGUUUUCCCCUCUCCUCAAAAAUCAACAUUAUCAAAUUCCAACUCGACCAGGAAUGGUAAACGAAGAACCUCUAUGUGGAUGUACUAUAACUAAGUCUAAGUCUUUGUUUAGAGAAACUAUAAGCGUUAAACUGCAAAUCAAAUAAGAGGAAGAAAUGCCUUUUGUUGAAAAAAAUCUUAGUUCCUCCUUCGUACAUUAUGAGAUAAACUUGAAAAAAGCAGGCCGUAUACGGUUUUUCAAGUUUAUCCGAAUGCGCGAUUCGUUUUAUUCCCCAUCUACAGUCAGUUAUAGUUUGGGAAGUGCUGAUUUUGCCUAAAUAGCUUGAACCUCUUUUAAUGUCCUUUCUUAAAUAUGUCAUCUUCAGAUUGCUAUUCGAUUUGGUUCUCUUCGUAAAUCAGAUAAUUUCGCUUCAUGCUUUAAAACCAAUGAACAUAGAAGCAACUGAUUUGAGGAUUCAUGUAGGUUAUAAAGUUGGCGACUCUUUGAGUGAUGCGUUACAACUAACGACGACAAAAUAACUUUUUCCUUCCUUUUUUUUUUCCUUAGAACCUAGAGCAAGGAGCUUUCAAAGACGAUUAUUAUCUUAUUACUUUAGGAAUUAUAUCAAGAUCGUCCAUUAUAAUUAGCAUUCUAAGCCGUAAAUGCAAAGAAGUUAAAAUGCAGUUGCGAAACUAGAAAAGCUGAAAAAAAAUCGGGGUGCCGGGAUUCGAACCCUGACCUCCUCCUAAUGCUGAUGCAGCGAUCUAACCAAUUGAGCAUUAUUGGAUUAUUCAGGCUUUCUUGUUUCGCAGCUACAUAAGAUGCCUCUUAACUGCGAUCAUCGUCUUUACAUUUACUUUUUCAUUCCGCGGUUCCAAUAUAUGCC